GAAAGAAAGGAAAACAGACAAGCCCUGACCUCAAACUUCAACAUUAAACUACUUUUUAGCUUUUUUGUUUCUUGGAUUGAUCCAAAGAAAAUCCUUGUUCCUUUAUGUAUGUUCUUCUAUUAAAUUUAACUUUUUCAUAUAAUUUCGCUAUGUGAAAGCGCACAUAUAUUGCUUAUUACAAAAAGCUACGAUAAAGACAACUAUGGAGGCAACUGAGGAAAACAAUACCAAUGAGGGUAAUGCAGACCAAACAUGUGUUUUUCAUCCAAAUGCAUUUCCAUUCUCUCAUGGGAUGAGCAAGUGGAUAAAGCUUACCAGCCAAAGUGGCUUGAGGAUUUUCUGAGCAAAGCUUUCUUUGACCCAUGUACAGCUCAUCCUUCUUGUAGGAAUGAGUUGAACAAAUACUGUAUAAACUGCAGUGUGUCAGUUUGCCAAUAUUGCGCUUCAUCGAGUACUCAUUGCCAGCACAAGAUGCUUAAAAUCUAUAGACACCUUUUCACAGAUGUUGUCGCCCUUGCUGCUAUGGAGAAGCAUUUUGACUGCUCACAAAUUCAGCCCUACAAAUGCAAUAAGCGUUUGGUUAUUGCUCUGAAGCCUCUUCCACACUGUGGUUCAGCAAAAAGGAAUGAGGCAUGCAAUAUCUGUGGUAGAAAGUUGGCUGAGCCUGAUUUAUAUGACUACUGCUCCAUUUCUUGCAAGGUCAAAGCUGUUUUAAGCAAGCUUAAUGAUUCAGUUCCUGCCUCCAUUUCCACCCUGAGUCUUCAUCAGGAAAACAAGGAGGAAACUACUGAACCCUCUAAGUGGGUUAACAAAAGAAAGAGAACAACACCCCGUAGAGCUCCUUUCUUCUAAAAGCCUCAAGUUCAUGUAAUCUAGACAAUGAAUCUAUUAGUCAUGUUGUAAUGAAAUUAUUAAAUAUCCUGAAUUCUGAACUUUUUGUUGUGGCUUCUACUAUCUGUAUCAGAUUAUUAUGUAUCACAUUCUAGCUAAGUUGUUG